CCUAGUUUUUCCCUUUCUAUUCGUCUCCAGUUUCCACCCCCCUCCCGUCCUCGCCCCGCCCCGCCUCGCCGCGCGCCCUAACCCUAGCUCCCCGAUUCCACGCUGCUCCAGCCGAGCUCGCUCGCGGGGCGCCCUGGUUGGCCUCCGUGCCCUUCUAAUCUCGCGCGGAUUCGGCGCGGCGGCUGAAGAUGGACCCGAUGGACAUCGUGGGCAAGUCCAAGGAGGACGUCUCCCUCCCCAAAUCAACAAUGUUUAAGAUAAUUAAGGAGAUGCUUCCUCCUGAUGUUCGAGUGGCAAGAGAUGCACAGGAUCUUCUUGUUGAGUGCUGUGUAGAGUUCAUCAAUCUCCUCUCUUCGGAAUCCAAUGAAGUAUGCAGCCGAGAAGAGAAGAAAACAAUUGCUCCUGAGCAUGUUCUCAAGGCCCUAAGUGAUCUUGGCUUCAGAGAGUACAUUGACGAGGUUUAUGCUGCAUAUGAACAACACAAACUUGAUACUCUGGACUCACCAAAAGCUAGCAAGUUCACUGGGAUUGAGAUGACAGAGGAAGAAGCUGUUGCUGAGCAACAAAGGAUGUUUGCUGAGGCUCGUGCAAGGAUGAAUAAUGGAACCCCCAAGCCAAAGGAGCCUGAACAAGAGCAGCAGCAGCAACCACAUCCUCAACUUCAGUUGCAUACAACACCACAGCAACCCAUGCAGCCUCAACUGCAGCUGCAUCCUCAGCCGCAGAAGCACCCGCAAGUGCAGCUGCAUUCUCAGUCGCAGCAACCCCAUGUCCAGCCGCAGCAGCCCACACAAGUGCAGCUGCACUCUCAGCCACAACAGGCCCCACAAGUGCAGCUCCACCCACAGCGGCAGCAACCCCCACAAGCGCCGCCGCAUCCAUCACCAGAGCAAUCCUCGCAACCUGAACCUCAGGUGCAUCUGCAAUCACAGGAGCCCCCACAAGCGCAGCUGCAACCUCACCUGCAAGCUCAGCCGCAGCCACAGGCACAAACCGAACAUGGUGGGGACAGUUAGAGACUCUGUUGUGUAGCCUCAGUAUAAGUCAAAAACCAGGUGCUUUUGCUGGCAUUUACUAGGACCUUGUAUGCCUGCUUGUGACUUGUUAGAUCCUGAUUUAGGUUUCUGUGCUUCAUGUACAAUGUAAAUCCAGUGUGAUUGCAGUUGCCUUGUUGCUAAUAAACCAAAGCCGUUAGCUACUGAUGAUGAUGCCCUGAAUACCGAAUCCCUGACUCUGCCUGUAGGCUCUAGUCUCAAGGCAAGUUGCGCCGUGUUGAAAGAUAUUCUGUUAUCAUUGUAAUAGCCUAACUUGACAUUUGUCCAUGGUGAUAGUGGCUGAUUUGGAUGAGGUCUUGGUGCAUAUCGACACUGGGGCUGACAUGGUGCCCAAA